AGCUCAACUCCUUCACAAGGUUUAGUGCGAUGUCAUUCACAUUAUCACAGUACGGACUGGUCCAACAUCAGUGCCCCUGAUGCGCUAAUCCGCCAAAGAAAAUUUUCGUCCUGGGUCCGCCUUUCCCUUCUGCGCAGUGACUUUCUAGAGAACGCUUCCCUCGGACUUGAGUGACAUACGAUUGCUUGCGCAGAGCGUGUUUUCCAGGCCCUCUGAUUAGGUUAUCCCGCCUCCGCCCAAUUCUGAUGAACAACCUCGGAAGGAGCCUAAUUGUUUUUUCUCCUGCGUAUCACGCAUCAAGACCGGACAGAACAAGAUAGGGCAGUGGCCGCUCUAUCUUCGCUUCGUUCCGAUUAUCGUAUACGUUGCGAUAUGUUUGGACAAGAAAAGAACAAAAAAGGUUCAAGAGGUAUGUGAACAUUGUUUUGUGAUUUCCAUGUUGAUCCAAAAAUACGAGAUCUUGUCAGAUGGGCGAGCGACUCCAUCUAACUUACAUACACAUCUAUUGAGAACCGCUGAUUUCUUCGCUACCUUUAGAAGGACCUAAUAAAUACAUCAGCUUACCGCCACGACCGGAGUAGGGCGACCGAGUGUAUAGGACACGGCGGGGAUGGCUGUAUAUCGUCAUGUUACGUUUUUUUUUUGCGCGCGGAGCAUAUGGAUAUGUCGUUGUGUCU